AUGCCACCGCCAUCUCGUACCGCCGUAUCAAGUAAACGGAACCAAACGGCCACCAUAGAAGGCGAUAUAUACCAGGGGAUCAGUUUCCGAUCACUGGAAGAAGACCAGAAGCUUCGGAAAUUUUUACGCAACGAACUGCGAAAGUUCGACAUAGUGCGCGUGCCGACCAAUCGGAUUACGCACCAGAUCCGAUUGAAAUCGGGGAGCCCGAUUAAGCAGAGGUAUCGGCCGCAGAAUCCCGCGAUGCAGGCAGUGAUCAACGCCGAGGUGGACCGUAUGCUCGAAGCCAGAGUAAUUGAGCCGUCCGCAAUUAUCGACAUUUCUUGUCAAGUCAAGUCGUUAAGUUCCGAAAAUUGUCGCAACGUUAACGACGGUUUUGGAGGUCUCGCUAUCCACUUAGCGAUAUUCGAUAACUUAAUGACUGAUGCUUAUCUUGCCGCACACAUAUUGGAUCUUGAGAAUCGUAUUCAACGCCUCGAGCGAAGAGCAGAUCGACAGAUAUUACGAGAAAUAGAAGAACCAUUUGAUUUGACUGAUGUUGAAUUCAGGGAAUUAUACCGUUUAACUCCUGAAUUGGCAUCUGAUCUCAUUGAUGUACUUGCACCUCAUUUGAUGCACACAAGAAUUACUGGGCUGUCUGUAGAGAAACAAGUACUGUCUGCAAUAAGCUUAUACGCAACUGGAUGCUAUCAACGUUCAGUAGGUGAACACUGGGGUAUUUCGAUGAGUCAAUCAUCAAUCAGCAGAUGCGUUCAUCGAAUUACAGAUGUGAUAAAUGAAAAUAUUUUUCGUCAAUGGGUGCAAUUUCCCAUCACUCUGGAAACAAUACGGAUUGCAAGAAAGCAGUUUCAGAAUGCUCGUCAACCAUUUGAAGGAGCCAUCGAAGCAAUAGAUUGCACCCACGUAGCGAUCCUUGCUCCUAGGGAACAUGAAGAAGCCUACAUAAAUCACAAUGGAUAUCAUUCAUUAAAUGUGCAAAUGAUUCUGAACCCAAAUCUCAAGAUCCUGAACGUAAAUGCUCGAUUUCCUGGAGCCAGACAUGACGCUUAUAUUUGAAGUGCUUCUGAUGCGCGUGGUGUUAUGGAACGCGUAUAUCAUGAUCGCGAAAGAAGAACGUAUCUCAUUGAUAUGUUCUUUUUUAUUAUAUUACUACAGUAUUUGUUGCACUUUUUAGAUAUAUUUUUUACAGGUGCUUUAGGAUAUCCAUUAGAACCCUGGCUGUUAACUCCUUUGCCUCAUGAGCCUGAAGGAACUCCACGAUUCUUGUAUAACGAGGCAUUAUGCAGUGCAAGAAAUUGCGUGCAACGAUUGUUUGGAGUACUUAAAAGCACAUGGAGAUGCUUUUCCAAGCACAGGGUCUUACAGUACGAACUUGGCUUUGCAGGAAGAAUCGUUAAUGCGUGUGCAGUUCUACACAAUAUGCGCAUUACUGGCGGUAUACUUGACGAUCCGUUUGAAGACUACGCAAACGGAGAUGUACCCAACAUUCAUAUCGAUGAUGAUGAUGAUGAUGAUAAUGUGCGACCACUUGCGGAAAUAUGA